AUGCGGGAGGAUAUCCAUGAUCUUGAGCUUGCCCAUUGGCGAUUGGCUAGAGAGACAUGGAGAACUGAGCGAGGAAACAUGAGGGAGAUUAAGGCGCUGUAUGGAGAAAUAUUUAGGCUGCACGAGUUGUUGGAGGAGGUAACAACAGCAGUUUUCUUAAAUCAGACUUUCAUAUCAGUAGAUAGUUGCUUUGCCCAAUCCUGAUACAUGGAAAUAAGAUGUAAAUAGUUAGAAUAAUAAAGAAAGAAAAACUGCACACUGGUAAUAAUCUUAGGAAGGUCCGCAUUCUUGGAAUAGAGUUGAAAAAGAAUGGAAAAUUAUUAUAUUUUUCACCUUUAUUCCAAGUGUGGCCCUUAACAUUUUUCUAAUAGGCAGAGAUACAGUAAUAUAAUGUGUUUUCUCUAUGAGAUUUACUACCCAUACACAUAGAAUUGUUUUAAGAUAGUAAUAACAUGGACCAUCAAGCUAUUAAGUAAUAGAAAUGUGUCUGUCAUCAUACAGAGUGGGGUGGAUAAAGGACUGAUCAAGCAGCGCUCCACCUCCUCCAUUCUUCGGCGCAUCUCCCCGACACUGCCAGCUCUCCCUAGGUACAACCUCCACAGGUACCUCGCCAACAGCCAAUUGGAACCUGACCAGCAUGCUUCCGCCACCCAGAUGGACCCGGCUAAGAAACACUGCAUAUUUUCCCCUCUGGGCACACAGAGCUGCACCUCCCCUGACAAACGGCCUCAUACUCCAUCCAAGAUGUCCCGCCCGCACGCUUCACACCAAUUUGCUGUCCCAUCCCACCUCCUGACUCCCGGCCCUCCUGCUAAGCUGAGGCAGCCACAUCUGCCUGUCCACCCCAGGUCACCAUUGACUGGCCAGGCAAAGGUCAAGGAUGAGGUCAAAAGGCCAGAGAUUGCAUCAUCUGAGGAAUUGUCUAAGGAAGUUCAGCGGAGAGGUGCAGAAAUUGCGAAUAUGUAUAAAGCACAGCUGAAAGAGAGGAUGGCCCAAAAGAGAAAGGAAGAGAUUCUUAAGAAAAGGGAAUAUAAUGGACAAUGACACUGAGGCCUCCUCCUCAUCUGCUGGACAAUCCAAGACCCCUGCCACAGCCCCCGAGUGCCCGGCCAGCCCAAAGGCCACCACAAAUGCCACACCAACGACCUUCCGAGAGGACACUCAGGGCGCCACACAGCAGGACCUGGCAGAGGUUGUGAAUGUGGUCAACAGGCAAUCAUCUGACCUAUACCUGCCUGACAACGUUCGUGAGGAUUCACUCUUGCGAAGCUCCAUUUACGAGGAGCUGUGCCCGCUCGCUCACAGGAUGAACUCAGAAGCUGACUACAUCAUAGGACUCCGUAUCACCACUGAGAAGGCUGUGUCCCCCUCAUGCUCGUCUGAGGAUGAUUCAUCUCAGACUGAGGACAAAAGUGAGGAGGUCAGUAGUGAAAGUGAGAGCAUGAGUGAUGAACAGCAGAGAUGUAUACACAGGGAUGCUUAUGGUGAGAGGGAGAGAAAAGAGAUGACUAGUCAUCUUAAGAUGGAAGAUGGAUAUGCUACCGUAAAUGCAAUGCCUAUGAUGGCGAGCCUAGGGAAAGAAGAACUUAAUGCCAUGAGCUACACAGAGAGGAUAAAAUAUUUCAAGGACAAGGGUAAGAAAAAUGAGGAGGUACUGAAAAAAAUGGGAAAGGAGAAGCAAAAAGAGAGGAAGGCGGAGAAAGCCAGGGAAGAGGAGGACAAAAAGUGGGAGAAGAAGCAGCAGAAAUUGGAAGAGGAGGAGAGAAAAAGGAAGGAGAAAAAUGGAGAAAAAGUGGCCUGA